GAUCGGGACUUCCAUGUACCGAGGCACAGAUAUAUAUCUUGCGCGCCAAAUGGGUAUCGAACAUCGGUGAGAUGACGAGCCGAGGAGUAGUUGGGUAGGGACAGGGAGUUUUGUUGACAUGUUGACAAGAAUAGCGGAGUGAAGCUGUGUCAGACAAGGUUGUAGCGUGACAUAUGGAUGGUGUACAGUAAGGUUGUUGGAACUGACAGAGUGCGAUUCCAAGGCUUGGGCGCUUCAGCUGCACAGCAUAUAUGGUUGUACUUUUGACUUAGCGCUCAUUGUCACUUGUAUCAACACGUCGAGACCUGCCGAGGAAUAUAAUAUUUUGAUCAUGUCUUCACCCACUACCGUUGGAAGGGAGAAAACAUCAGAGAUAACACCCAGCCAGAAAUUUGAGGGACACACCGAUGAAGUCCUUGGUGCCAUACAUCUGCCAGGCGGACAACGGAUGAUGACUUGUUCAAGGGACAGCUCGCUGCGUGUUUGGAACUUGAAAAGCGGGAAACAGAUAGGAGAUGACUGGCGGGACGGAGAAAGGGAAGUGUAUACCAUAGCGUUGUCUCCAGACGGGACGAAAGUGGCUAGCGGGAGUGAGGACGGCAGAAUGAGGCUGUGGGAUAUCGACACAGGUAAAGUUAUCCCGAAAUGGACGGGGCAUACAGAGGGAGUGUGGUCUGUCUGCUGGAGUCGAGAUGGUCAACGAGUCUUGAGCGGAUCUAACGAUGGGACUGCAAAACAAUGGGACAUAGAGAGCGGAAAGACGAUCCUUGCACCAAUCAAGACAGGAGACGAACUUGUGCAGGCAGUCAUCUACUCGCCAGACAUGACCAUGUUCGCAACCGGUGCAGUCGAUCGCGGAGAGCUCGCACACGAAACUCAGUAUGAUAAGUCCCCAAUCAAAAUCUGGGACACCAAGACUGGCGAGCUUGUCGCUGCUCUCAAAGGACACACAAAUGGGGUGGUGUGCCUGGCCUGGACCCCAGAUGGAGAAAGGCUUGUCUCCGGGUCCUACGAUUACUCGAUUAGGACAUGGGAUACAACAACUUGGAAACAAAUCGCAGUGCUGGAAGGACACACCCGCUUUGUCCAUGGCAUUGCAAUAUCUCCAAAUGGCCGCAUCCUCGCAAGCGCGUCCUGGGACAAGACAGCGCGAUUAUGGAACCUCGACAACAACCAGCCCAUCAGUUCGCCCCUUCACCAUGCAAGCAAUGUGUUUUCUGUGUCGUUUUCGGCAGAUGGAAAGCUACUAGCCACUGGCUGCUGUGACAACAAUGCAUUCACGUGGGAUGUUUCUACGAUAGUAACAGAAGCUGGCCUCGACGAACUUCUCUUGGACCAGCGCGACAAUUUCUAGGCUGGUGCUACACGACGUCCAGUCCGUCAGCCAAUCAAGGUCUACAAUCGGGUACCCCAAGGAUUUUUUGACGGCACAUCACAUCGUGCUCACUCUUCUGCGCGACUCGAUCCCAGCGAUACGCUAUCACGACCCCGUAUUUUUCACUGGAUUCGAAACCUUUUCUCUUCCCGACCUAGUAGU